UAAGGCUUCCAUGUAACACUUAUCUCCAGCUCAAUCCAACUGGCAGCCAAAGCCAUAAAUCCCCACCCCACUCCCUCCACCUCCUACCUCCCAUCUCCCAUCCUCCAACCAUGGCCACCUCCUCCCAUCUCUUCCUCCUCGCCGCCGCCUUCACUGCCAUCAUCGGAAUCACGUCCGCCGCAACCGCCGCAUCUCCGGCCCCCAUCGGCCCGUCAAAUCUCACCGGUAUUCUCGACAAGGGCGGGCAGUAUAACUCGUUCAUUCGCCUUCUCCGAUCCACGCAGAUUGACAAGCAGCUUCAAAGUCAGCUCGACAAUUCCUUUAAUGGACUGACCAUCUUCGCUCCUACUGAUAAUGCCUUCAAUAAUCUCAAGCCUGGAACUCUCAAUGGGCUCAGCUCGCAGGACCAAGUUAACCUUGUCCUCUCCCAUGUAUUGCCCAGGUAUUACAGCCUCUCAACAUUCCAGACGGCCAGCAACCCGGUGUCAACUCAGGCGUCAGGCCCCGACGGCGUGUACACGGUCAAUGUCACGAGCACCACGAAUCAAGUCAACGUCACGACAGGUGUUGUCGAAAGUCAGGUCAACAACGCUCUCUUUUCCGACUUCCCCCUCGCCGUGUACUCGGUCGACAAGGUCCUCCUUCCUUCCGAGCUCUUCGGAGCAAAGCCGCCGACGGCGGCGCUGGCGCCGAAGCCGGAGCCGGCGAAGGAGAAGCCGAAGAAAGGGGAGACGUCCGCGGAGGAGGGGGAGGCACAAAAGAUUUUACCUGAGAUAUCACUCAUGACUGAUGUACUGCCAACAUGA